AUGACAACAUAUUCAUUGUUUUAUUCACAGCUAGUGUGAAAACCAGUUAACACGUUAAGAUAUAAUAUAAUAUAUAAUUACUUUUCAUAUAUAAUUUUAAAGUUAAAACAAAAAUGAAGAAACCUGCAGGUGUUUUCAUUGCAUUAUAUUUAUUAUUCACAAUUUCAGGAAUAACCUGUGAUCACUAUGAUUCAUGUAUAAGUAUAAAUGAGAAAUGUUCAAGUGACACUGACUGUUGUUAUCAGAAAUGUAGUUUCUCAUUGUUUACAUUUCGUCGUUAUUGUAAUGAUAAUACUAACCUCUACGAUUCAAUAACAUCCUACUUCAGAACUAAACAAGAACAAACAGGAAUGUGUUCCUAUACUAACACUCCGGAUAAUAAGGCAGUUAAUGAAGGACUGUACUUAUUAUACGGUUUAAAUGCAGGCCACGCCGUAUUACCAACAGGCACAAAAGUCGAAGUGAAGUUGAACAAUAAAAAGUUAGUCGUCACAAUAAAUAAUCAACCUUCAAAAAAUAACGACGUAAUUCUAGAGUUUUCCAAAGAAACAGCUAAGACAUUAAAUGUUGCAAACGGUGAAAAAGUACCUUGCGAAUUAGUUAUUGUACCACAAUUGGAGAAUAAUCCGUAUUACAAAUAUCUUAAAUAUGUUUUACCUUACAUUACUUUAUUUACGUUCUUAUUUAGGUUACUAUUGUAACCAAAACAUUUUAUUUAAAAAAUUUAAAUUUACUUUUUAUUGGAACAAAUUAAUAUUAAAUUGAUGCAGACUUUAAAUUUUAAGCGCAAACAUUGUAAAAGUUAACAUAUUAUUGUAUUCUAUCUAAAAACUUAACCUUAUUUUGAAUUAAGUAUUUAUGUAACCCCUUAUCAUUAAUUAAUAUUUUAUAAAAUUUAAAUAUAUUAACAUGGGUAAUUGUUUGUAUGAAUAUAAAAACAAAAUUAUCAAA